AUGUAUUGCCUGGUGUAUGCACAGUCUGGUGUCUCCACAGCUAUGUUGAUCUUCUACACUUGCAUGUGGCUUCCCCUUAUGCAGCUGAGGAGAGCCAUUUCAAGAUUACUGGCCUUCAUCUCUUGCAAGUAUGAACCCCAAGAGAGCUCCUGCAGCUUCCAGCUCCCGGUGGGUAGGUUCCGAGAUUUGCAGAAACCUGGUGAAGAAGAAGAAGGAGAAGAAGAUGGUGAUCAUGAAAAGACUUGCUCGAUCUGCUUGGUGGAUUAUGAGGGAGAGGUCCUGGUGAGCAAGCUCCAUACAUGCGGCCACGUGUUCCAUCUGGACUGCAUCGAGAGGUGGCUGGAGAGGUCCCAGUUCACAUGCCCUCUCUGCAGGAAGCUCGUGUUUGAUGUGAGAUCUUCAGCAGCAAAACCAAGAUGGUGA